AUGGAGCACGCGUCGAUUCUACCCCGAAAUCUGGUCUCAAUCCUCGUGCCAAUGACCCCGCUUAAGAAAGCACCGAUCCCUCUGGUCCCUCCUUUCAAGGUGUCUGGUCGGCAUAAGCGCAGCCCGAACCCCUCGUCAGGUGCCACAUCACGCACGGUUACACCUGGUGGCACACCCCCAAAGGCCUCAGGGAACGCUACCGAGGCUCUCAAGGACGUUUCAAAACAUGUUGGGGAUGUUGCUAAGAGCAGCGCGGACGAGCAGAAGAAUGAUGUCGCUCCCGUCACCAGCAGUUCAACUGCUAAUAAGAACAGCGAAGACCAUGGUGGUGAGCAGAAGAAGCGGACCUUCGGUAAUAAGGUGACCCGGGCUAAGAGCCAUCCGCAGCAGACUGACAACAAGCCAGGGUCCGGCAAGAACUUCUCCUCGUCUAAAAAGCCAAAGGUUCAAGGCGAGAACUCUUCUCAGGCUCCAUCUGGGCCUACCUCGGCGCUGCCCCCCACCGCGACCUGGGCCAGUAAGCAUCGGUCUGGAAUCUCGGGCUCUAAGGAGGAUGGCGAACAGAAGUGA